AUGAUGCACAAGUUUAAGUUAUUGAUUGUCAGUGCCUUGUUGGCAGUUGCCUCAGCAGUUCUCCUCCCAGCACCCGUAUAUCCUUCGUAUGCCGGAGUAUUACCAGCCAUAGGAAAAAUUGCCAAAGUAGUUGGUCCCGAGCCAUAUGAUACAAAACCUCAAUACAGUUAUAGCUAUGAUGUCAAUGAUCCCACCACCGGCGAUGUUAAGAGCCAACAAGAGACACGUGAUGGUGACAACACCAAGGGUGCCUACUCUUUGAUUGAACCUGAUGGAACCCGUCUUUUGGUUGAAUAUACUGUAGAUCCCAUUGGUGGUUUCAAUGCUGUCGUUCAACGUGAAGGUGUUGCCAAGGUGGCUAAAGUUGUAGCCCCAGUUGCCAAGAUUUUAACACCGGCGCCGCUAUAUCAGUCACCGAUUUUGGCUAAACCUCUUUUGCCAGGAUUAACAUCGUUGCCAUCCUAUCCAGCUUUAGGUUCAUACCGAAUUUAA